CACACACGUGUCUAGCCCUUCACUUAGCGAUGCAGAAUCGGAACGGUUGCGUUACUUACAUAUAGAUUUAACGUGCUAACACAGAGCACUACAGAGCUGAGCAGUUAUUUCGGCAUGGUCUGGACAAGCAGAGUUUGUUUUCGGAAGUAUGGCAACUUUGUGGAUAACAUUCGACUGUAUGUUAGGGGUGGAAGCGGGGGAAUGGGAUUGCCCCGAUUAGGGGGGCAAGGUGGAAACGGAGGAGAUGUGUGGGUGAUGGCCAAAGAAGGAGUCACCCUGAAGCAAAUCAAGGACAAGCACCCCAGCAAACGAUUUACUGCAGGUGUUGGUUUUAACAGCAGCAUUCAUGCUCUGAAAGGGGCUAAGGGAGAAGACACUCAGAUCUUUGCACCAGCCGGGAUCUGUGUCACAACUGAUAAUGGGAAGAUUAUUGGAGAGCUGAAUAGUGAAGGAGACAGACUUUUGGUGGCUAGAGGUGGUCAUGGCGGCUCUCUUCAGUCUGGGUUUUUACCCAGUAAAGGUCAGACCAGGCCGAUUCGACUGGACCUCAAACUCAUUGCAGAUUAUGGACUUGUAGGAUUUCCUAAUGCGGGUAAAUCAUCCCUACUGACUGCCUUAUCUCAUGCCAAACCAAAGAUUGCCAGCUAUCCAUUUACAACCUUAAGACCUGAAAUUGGAAAAAUCAUGUAUGAUGAUCACAGGCAGGUUUCUGUGGCAGAUUUACCAGGACUCAUUGAAGGUGCUCAUGUGAACAAAGGCAUGGGACACAAGUUUCUCAAACAUGUGGAGAGAACCAAGCAGCUCAUGUUUGUGGUGGAUAUCUGUGGGUUUCAGCUAGCUAAUAAUACUCCAGUUAGGUCUGCCUUUGAAACGGUGUUACUUUUAACCAAGGAGCUAGAGUUGUAUAAAGAGGAACUAUUAUCCAAACCAGCCAUCUUGGUCAUAAAUAAGAUGGACCUCCCUGAGGCUCAUGGCAGGCUCAGAGAACUGGAAUCACAGCUGAAGAACCAGCAAGAAUCACAAGACUCCCUUCCUGAUGACGUGAGACCAAAAAGCUUAGUUGAUUUCACAAACAUUGUUCCAGUCUCUGCCACAACGGGUCUUGGACUAUCAGUGCUUAAAGCCCUCAUCCGCAAAUCACUAGAAGAGCAGGAUGUCAUACAAACUGAAAGCCAACGCAGCGAGAAGCUGCUGAAGUUGAGAAGGCAGAUUCCCACUCCAGCAAUACCCAGCUGGGGAAACCCACAUUCGGUCUGAGGUCCCACAUACAGGCUUGAAAUAAUCCUCAGAGACACUGUGAACAUUGUAUAGCCAUAAAUCCCAUCAACUUAACAGGAAGGCCAGUAGCUGAUGUCACUUCACUAAUCAGUUUGUAAUGUAUAGACUGAAUUUUUUUGAUGUAAUUGAAUGUUAAAUAUCUUACUUCAUAAAAUAUUUUUGUUCUAUUUGGAACCUCAGUGUUUGGUUAAAAAUGUGUGUUUUGUAUAUGUUAAAAAUGGAAUACAUUUUUGUGUCUUUUUA